UUCGCGGCGGCCGAGAACAGCAUCAAAAUGGGCAAGUUCAUGAAGCCUGGGAAGGUGGUGAUGGUCCUCGCUGGACGCUACGCCGGACGCAAAGCUGUCAUCGUCAAGAACGUUGAUGAUGGCACAGCCGACCGUCCCUACAGCCACGCUCUGGUCGCAGGCAUCGACCGCUACCCCCGCAAGGUGACCAAGACCAUGGGCAAGAAGAAGAUCGCCAAGAGGUCCAAGAUCAAGGCCUUCGUCAAGGUGCUGAACUACAACCACCUGAUGCCCACCAGAUACUCCGUUGAUAUUCCUCUGGACAAAACCGUCGUCAACAAGGACGUCUUCAGGGAUCCAGCCCUGAAGCGCAAAGCCAGACGAGAGGCCAAGGUCAAGUUUGAGGAGAGGUACAAGACGGGCAAAAACAAGUGGUUCUUCCAGAAGCUCAGAUUCUAACUUCACUCGGUUUCACAAAUAAAUGUUUAAAAAAGGAAUUUA